UUUCAUAUGAAAACGUAUGAAAGUGGAUUGCAAUCGACCGUCUUAAAAUGAAAUAACACUCAUAGCCAGUUUUGAAUAUUUGCGUUAAUUUUGAUUGAAUAUUUAAAGAGUAGCCUAAUUCAUAAUUAGAUAAAGUAGUUUACGUUACUAGGCAGAUACAAAGUCUUCCCGUUGCGUUGGCAAAUUAUGUGUAUGCACUUACAUUAGCUGAGCAUUGGCGGAAUGUGAGUGAAGUGGUUUAGUGGUUUAUACUACUUGAAUUCUGGACAUUAGCUUACAAUUAAGUUUAUGUUACUGAGAAAUGUUAAGUCGUGUUAUUCAAAUUUGUAGCUACCAAGCUAACGUUCUGUGGUGUUUCAAUCUAGCUAGCUUCUAGCGUGCAGAAGCAGCGAUCUACGGUUCUGUACUUGUUAAUGUUGACAAACAUUCAUUAAUUCAUUUUCUAGUUUUGAGUUUUUGUGAACCGUGAGAACGUAACUUGCUAGCUCAAUAACUAGCUACGUUUUCCGUUUUGACCAUGGCGGGAAAUGAUAGCUAACGUUAGUCUAGCUAGUCAACUCCGUUAAAUAAAUUUUCCCGUGCAUUAGCCUACGUUAGGUAACCUGGUCGAAGUAUUUCGUUUGCGUACUAGUUAGUCAUUUUCCCUAAGAUUGUAUUUUAUAAUGUCAAUGUCAACGUAAGCUGACUAUUCUACCACGAGGGCUGAGUUCGGCUCACGGGGGCGAUUUUACAGACACGGCUAAGAAGUGGGGAAACAUGCUUCAGAUAAGUCUCUCGUCUCCAGACGAGAUUGACGACCACUGUGAAAGCAGGACAACUGGACGCCCGGUACAGAGUCUUCCGGCAUUUUUAAAUACUCCACAUACAAGACAGGACCGAGAUGAAGAACAUGCAACGCAAUCCAGGUGGAUUCGUGGAUGCGCAGAAGAAGCCUGUCUGUGGGAAGACGAAGGAGGAGGAGGAUUGCUCGUUACACCACUAUCACAGCAAUCGGAUGGUAAAGGGCUGAGACGGAGAGCAACUUAUGACAGCACAGAUCAGCUCAGGUCCUUGGGAGAUGAAGGUGAUACCUACAGUUAUGAAGAGACCAGAGUGCCUGAUGCUGAGGACUACAAAGCAGAGGAAGACCUUAGUUUAAAUUCAUCUGAUCUGAGCAUGGAGGGAGAGAGUGAUGUGGUCACCAAAUUGGUACAUGCACAAAACUGCCUUAAGAAGAUCAAUGCCGAGCUGCAGGAAACGGUGGACGUGACAGAGGACUCCAACGCCAUCCUCCGCUCCGAGAACAGCAUGCUGAGGAAUCAAGUCAAAGGGAUGAGACAGGCUGUGGACAAUGCAAAGCAGCUGAUGGACGAAGUGGAGGAGAUGCGUGGCUCCCUGGCAGAGCUGGCGAAGGCCAAAGGCAAGCUGGAGACCAUCAUAAAACAGAUGGAAAAAGAAAAUGAAAUGCUGAAAAAUCAGCUUGAGACGCUCACUAAUGAGAUGUGUAAUACCUCUGAGAGACAAAUAGACAAAGAGAAGAUUAUUCAUCUUAGUAGCCUCCUGCAAGACCUAGAGAAAGACAUGGAACGAACAAGAUUAACUCUUGACCACAAAGAGGAAGUUAUUCAGAAGAAGGAUUUCCAGAUUGAACAGUUGGAAAGUUCCCAGGCAGAAUACUCUUUGAUUGUCCAAGAUCUGAAAGAGAAGCUGAAGGAUCUGGAGGACCAGUUGGCCGAAGCUUUAAUUACAGGAGAGGGAAGCUUCCAGGACCUGGACGGCACUUUCUGCCCCACCGCUCGAAGUGGCAGCGUCUCCCUGUGUGAAGAGCUGAGGCUGCUGCAACAUGUCAGUGCGCAGGAACCAUAUGAGGAGGAGACAGAGGUUGCAGAUGAUUCUAGCACUCCAAAACUAAGAUGGUGGGAGAGAAAGUGGAGUAGGCUGAAGAGAGGGGCUCAUGCAGCCGGAGCUCUGAGCUUUCGCAUUCUGGUGCCCCUGUGUGUGGCCACUGCCAUUGUACCCAUUUAUUAUGACAACCCAGGCCUGAGCUGUGUGGAGAUCAUUAUGAACACUGCCCAUCGCUUGAUUCAGCCAUACUGCUCUGUCCAGCACAUUGGCCUCCCACCUAUCUGAUGACUACACACACAAACAUACAAGUCCAAACAAUUGUAUGCAACAGACUGCUGCCACGUACACGCAAUAUAUAAAUACAAAUUUUACUCUCUCAUUUUGCACAUUAAAUAAGUUCAUGACAAUUUCUCUUUCAUGUAUGUAACUGUUUACUUGACUUCGUUCUGUUAUGAAAGUCAUUAUCCAGC